AAUGAAUGAGUCCACUAAACAAAGCAUAUUGGAAAUACUCGCGCGAUAUCUUAAGAAAUACGAAGGAAUUUUCCGCAGAAAUUCCCACUAAGCAGUGUGGUUGAAUUAACAAAAUAUCUAUCGUAACCCAAUCCCAUAGAGCCCAUAAAGAGCUGAAUAAGCAAGAUUUGGCGGGAUGACGAGGACUGUGUUUGUCAGAGAGAAAGAGAGUCAAAAUGCGAGUGGAGAUUUUUAGUGUAAUUCACAUGCUUGUGCUUAGUUUAGUUGCCCAAGGAAAUGGACAGGACAUAUCUUCGUGGGAGGACUUCAAGAAGACCUACAAUCGCACCUACAGGCGCCCAUUUCGUGAAUCCCGCUCCCGGCGAGCCUUCAGCGACAAUGCCCGCCUUGUGAGCAAUCACAACACGGCUUUUGCAGCUAAUCAAACAUCUUUUCGACUAGCUCUCAAUCCUCUUGCUGAUUUAAGUCGUGAUGAGUAUUUGGUACGCUUUGUGCGUCUCACACCAAACAAACAACCAGAGCAAGAGGUCAAAGAACACGUUGCAUCCUUUGGGGGACUUCCUGAUCUACCAGAGAGUAUUGAUUGGCGUGAGAAGGGUUUUCAAACGCCACCAGAUAAUCAAAAGUCAUGUGGCUCAUGCUAUGCCUUCAGCAUUGUGCACAGCAUUGAGGGGCAAAUCUUCAAGAGAACCUCCAAGCUCAUCUCUCUCAGUGAGCAGCAAGUGGUUGAUUGUAGUGGAAAAAUGGGAAAUCACGGAUGUGCUGGUGGCUCCCUGCGCAACACUCUCCGCUAUUUGGCAUCUUGUGGAGGAUUGAUGCGACAACAGGACUACCCGUAUACAGCACAAGAGGGUCGGUGUCGCUUUGUGCAACCCCUAGCUGUUGUUAAUGUUAGCAAUUGGGCAAUUGUACCGUCUAGGAGUGAAGCAGCCCUUGCUGCGGUGGUAGCUACUGUUGGUCCCGUAGCUGUUUCCAUUAAUGCCUCACCACGAUCAUUCCAGCUGUACGGGGACGGUGUCUACGAUGAUCCACAGUGUUCAUCUGAAUCCGUCAAUCAUGCCAUGCUUAUUGUUGGCUACACACCACACUAUUGGAUCAUCAAGAAUUGGUGGGGAGAACGCUGGGGUGAGGGUGGCUACAUGCGAUUGCAACGACACCAAAAUCUCUGUGGAGUCGCCAAUUAUGCUGCUUAUGCCAUUGUCUGAAACUUAGAGCCUCCUCUGUGCAGCACACCAAGGAGGUAGGGCCAUAAAGAGAAAAACUCCUCCACCACACCUUCUCAUAAAACAUUCAUAAUUAUCUCAUUUUUUUUUAUUCUCAAUCUACAAGUGCUGUAUUUGUUUGAAAAUUUUACAUUUCUUUUCAUUUUACAAUCUAAUCAUCAAAAUAAAUCAAUAAUCACUCAAAUGACGAUCAUGUGCCGUCACACCGUGCGAAAAUAUUAACCUUUUUUUUUCUUACGGGGAAAUGGUAAAAGGAGGAUGAUAGGAGGGGGGUGGGGCAGAUGGGUUCUAGGAGAGGAAGGAAAAAUGUACACGUGACUUGCUGAAAAUUAAUUUUGCUCUAUAGAAAAAUUCAAAAUUAAAAAAAAAAUAUGAUGAGAAGAGCUGUGAGAAAGAUCAAGAGUGACGAUAAUUUUAUUCAUAGUGUCUGAUGAUGGUGUUAAAUAAACCGAAACGAUGCUAAAAGCGACAAAUGCUCAUUUUUUUUUAAAUAACUUUAUCCGAUUAAGAAUUUUUCCAUCUACACAAAAAGUUGUAAAAUAUCUUUGAGUUUUUUUUUAGCAUUCCCACAAUUUGAUCUUACUCACAGCUUUUUAACAAAUUGUAGGUCUUUAGUAUUAUUUAUGCUCACUCUCGCACGCACGCCACCGCAGAUUUUGUCUCUUCUUGAUCACUUUGCGAAUAAGGAUGAUAUAACAGUUCUUGCGUGCGUUAGUGUGCAUAAUUACAUAAAAUUCCUACAAAAAAACUAUUUAAAAAAAAAUGAAAUAAAGUAAAUAAAAAAAAACAGCAACGAAUGCAAUGGUGGUGUUAGUCCUAAAAAAAAUCUUCUAACCAUCUGGUGUGUGCAACCUAAGUUUUAUCUUCACACUAUCUCGAUUACUAAACUUUUUUUUUUUUGAGAGACUCAGCGCUAUGUAAUUUUUUUUCAUGUCAUUGAAGUUCAAAAAACGGAAUACGACUAAAAGAAAAUGAAGUUUCUUAGGGCGGGUUAUGACCGCAAGGCAAUGUGUUUUUUUUUCUCACUUAAAUCCCUCUUAUUAACCUAUUUUUUCUUCUUUAUUCAUUAUUAUUAUUCAUUACUAGUUUUUUUUAUCUUCUCAUUUUUUUUGUAAGUAUUGUUGCAAUUCUAUCCUUUAAGUUUUUUUUUUUUUGGUUUAAUUGUUUAUUUUUUUUCUCUCACAUUACAAUUAAAUAUUCAGAUACUUUUCUUUCUUUUUUUUUUUAUUUAAAUCCUUAUACUUUGUCUCAUCUUAUACCAUUUUAAACCUAAAUUUAUUUCAUCUCCUUUAAAUUGUAACUUCAAUCUUAGAUUUGUAUGCAUCUCUUUUUUUUCUUCUUUUAAAUCAAUGGUUUUACCUUCUUCUUUUUUUUUAUACACUACCCAUUUCUUAUUUUCUUCUUCUUAAUGAUUUAUAAUGUGUGUGUGUUGAACUCAAUAAAAAAAGAGUUUGUUUGUCUUUUUUUUUUAUACUGACUAGACGCGUAAGAGAUCAUUUUAUUACACAGAAAAAGCAUGGCGCAAAUUGACUAGAAAAAAAAUCUGACUAGAAUGGAAUUUUUAUUGUUUAUAUUAAGAGUUUUUUUUCUCAAAAAAAAAAUUAUAAAAAAUAAAAUAAAAUGUAAAAUAAAAAUCACAGUCGGAGUUAGAAACUCCUUUCAAUGGAAUGCAUUAAAAAUUUUCUCAAGAAUGUGGGGGCGAAAUAAAUAAUAAUAAAUAAGCAUUUUGCGACAGUGGUAAUGAAAAAUUAAAUAAUAAAUAUUAUGCUUAUUAUGUACUAUCAA